CUUCAACAAGCCACUUCACUCUAACUCCUGUCUAGGGUCCUGACAAUGGAAAUCAUAUCCAAGAUCGCAGAGACUGACCUUCCGUCCAUCAUCUUGAGAUCUCGUCUAGCGUUCGUACCCAUUCUAGAGGAAAGAAGGGCAGAGAUUGAAAAGAUUCAACGCAAGACUUUUGUAUAUAAUGACAAGCGCCUCACCAGAAACGAGCUCGACGUUUAUUACCCACUGAACUCGACUCUCACUAAGAAUGAGAAGACCCCCAUCCUAGUUUUCGUCUAUGGAGGUGGGUUCAACACCGGAUCACGACAACUUCCUGAACCGUUUUCCAUGGGAUACCGCGCACUUGGAUCUUUCUAUGCGCACCACGGCUUCAUCACCGUCAUUCCGGAUUACAGACUUGUUCCAGAGGUUACGUUCCCGGCUGCAUCCGAGGACAUCCGUGAUGCAGUCAAUUGGAUUUUCGCCAACGCCGACAUCAUUGGCAUACCCUCCAUACCCGCGCCUGAUAUGGAUGCUAUAUUUAUCAUGGGCCACUCAGCGGGUAGCGUACACACGAAAGUGUUGACCCUUUAUCCACCGCUGUCGAGUACCGUACAUCCUCGUCUCAAAGGCGUUAUCUGGUUUGGUGGCAGUUGGUCCUUUGAUAUCGAGGGGAGUGUAUUUCGCACCGAAGUCGCCCCACAACAGUACUUUGGUUCUCAGGUGCAACAAAAGGAGAGGGAGCCACGGGCCCUUUGGAAUGAGCUAUCUGAUGAACAGAUCAAGAACUUGCCUGACAUCCUCCUUGUCAGAGCAGAGCGAGAGCCUGAUGCGGUGCUGAUAUCAUGGGAGGAAAUGCUCCCGGAUAUCGAGAAGAGGCGUGGAGAGGCGCCCCAGGCGAUCAUCUGCAAAGGUCACAAUCACGCCAGCCCCAACUGGGCUUUAUGUUCCGGUCAAGGGGAAGAAUGGGGAGAAGAGGUUGUGAAAUGGAUGGCAGCUAGACUCAACUAA